AGGAUGAAACACGUAAAUUAGGUCAGCUGUACUCGCUAUGGCGUUCAGACCUUUAGGUGUGUUUAUCGCAAAUCUGUGAUUUCAAAAUGUAAUCAAGAGUAUGAUCGUAUAAGCUGCGGAAAUACAAAAAAAAAAAAGUUGCGAAAAUUAUCCUUUCUUCGAGUGCUUGAAAUAAUCCCUCGCCGCGCACUUGACUUUGCUAUUUAAAAUUCUGCUCUAAUAUUUUACUCUCGUGACACGUCACUCGGCCCUCGCAUCUGUGCAUAUGCAAUACACACGCCCACACUUGUGCAUGCUCAAAGUCGCCGCUUAAGUACGUACAAUGACGCAUACACGCAUUCCUCUAUACCUUAUUACCUAAUACCGAAGUGGCGCUUUGUUUCGCGGAUAGCCUUUCAUUCGCAAGUUAACAAUACAAUUUUUAAUUUCGAAAUGGCAAUCAAUUUCUUGGACUAUGUUUCAUUGAGUCGCUCACUGCACAAAUCAAUUAACUCCACUUUUUGGAAAAUCUUAAAUUUUAAGUAUCAAAGCAUUUGGUAUAGCCAUAACUUUUUAUAUUUCAUCGCAUUUCUCAACUUUUUGCUUUAUGGAGUUAAUCGACUUGUGUAAUAAUCGGCUCAAAUGUAAGCAGAAGUUGCAGCAAUGGUGUUAAUAGUCGGUGUAUGAACAGAAACCAGUGUUUCCACCAAGGGUCAGAAAUGGAACAAAUCUACUCCCACGUGGACCGUUAUGUAGAACUGUAUCCAGAGCAUGCUUUCAGGUAUCUUCUCUUUUUUAGAUCCGGGUCGCGUGAGAGUACUGACCUUACUCAGGUGGGCAGACUGGAAGAUAAGCUAUGUUACCUAAUUAGGAAACUAAAGCGGUUUGGACGUCGAGCAAAGGUAAUCCCUUCGUGGCCUGAUGAGUUCAGCUAUCCCUUGGUUCCUAAUUGGAUUCUUCAUUGAUAAUGAGCUAAAGAUCCUGGCUAUAGUCUUGGGAUUAGCAGCGGCACAAGACUCGAAUUACCAUGGUCGUAACAGUUACCACGAUAAUGAUAAGCCAAAUCCUCCGAGCGACGAAAGGAAACCCCUGAUUACAACACCGAUUCCGAUUUUACACUGGAACAAACAACAGGAACACGAUGGAACGUACAAGACGAGUUACGAAACGGGAAAUAACAUUAUCGCCGAGGAGAGUGGUUACAUCAAGAAGGUAGGCGAAGGCGAGGAACAAGGAGAAGCUUUGGUCCAACAAGGAAGCUACUCAUACAUGAGUCCCGAUGGCCAGCUGAUCAGCAUUCAUUACACAGCUGACGAGACUGGCUUUCACGCGACCGGUGAUCACAUUCCCACGCCACCGCCAGUCAGUGAGGAGAUUCAGAAAGGCCUCGACCUCAUCUAUGCCGGCAUUCGUCAGCAGGAGGAGGCAGACGCACGCGAAGCAGCGCAAAAAACACCCCAGCAGCCUUUCAAUCAGCAAGUCGAUCGACAAAACAACAAUUACGAGAGAAAGUUCCGGAAAUGAGGUGUACGAGAAAUGAGAAUCUUGUUGACAGACG